UGUUCCUUCUCUGAGCCGGCACCUGAGAGUUCGGCUCCGCUGCGCGCCCCGGCGGGCUCGUGCGGUAGUGCAUCCAGGGCCGCGAGCGGCCGCCCUGCACCUCUCGCCCGGCCCGCGCCCGCAGCCUCGCUGCACUCUCGGUGCGCCUGCCGUUCCCACCCAAGGAGAGCAGAGCCGCGGGCAGAGGCAGUCCGACCGAGGUGCUCUAACCGGCCGGGCGCGUGGAGCAUCGGCGGUGGUGCAACUUCCCCGGGAGCCAACUUCAGCCCCACCUGCAGCUCCGUGCAGGUGCCUGGGUCUUGCACGUGGACGUACGGGCUGCAGAGGGCUGGUGACAGCUCCCGAGUAAGAGGGUCGGGGUGGCCCCAGUGGGGACCCCGCCGCCCGAGGCGCUAGUUCCGAGGAUGGAGGGCGCGCUUGCCUGCAACUGGAGCGCGGACGCGGCCAACGCGAGCGCCGCGCCUCCGGACCACGAGCGCAACUGCACUGCCGGACCGCCGCGGCGCAACGAGGCCCUGGCGCGCGUGGAGGUGGCCGUGCUGUGCCUCAUCCUCUUCCUGGCCCUGAGCGGCAACGCGUGCGUGCUCCUGGCGCUGCGCACCACGCGCCACAAGCACUCGCGCCUCUUCUUCUUCAUGAAGCACCUGAGCAUCGCCGACCUGGUGGUGGCCGUGUUCCAGGUGCUGCCGCAGCUUCUGUGGGACAUCACCUUCCGAUUCUACGGGCCUGAUCUGCUGUGCCGCCUGGUCAAGUACUUGCAGGUGGUGGGCAUGUUCGCCUCCACCUACCUGCUGCUGCUCAUGUCCCUGGACCGCUGCCUGGCCAUCUGCCAGCCGCUGCGCUCGCUGCGCCGCCGCACUGACCGUCUGGCCGUGCUCGCCACGUGGCUGGGCUGCCUGGUGGCCAGCGUGCCUCAGGUGCACAUCUUUUCCCUGCGCGAGGUGGCCGAGGGCGUCUUUGACUGCUGGGCGGUCUUCAUCCAGCCCUGGGGGCCCAAGGCCUACGUCACAUGGAUCACGUUGGCUGUCUACAUUGUGCCGGUCAUCGUGCUGGCCGCCUGCUAUGGGCUCAUCAGCUUCAAGAUCUGGCAGAAUCUGCGGCUCAAGACGGCAGCCGCGGCUGCGGCUGCAGCCCAGGGGCCCGAGGACUCAGCUGUGGCCGGCACAGGGCGAGCGGCCCUGGCCAGAGUCAGUAACGUCAAGCUCAUCUCCAAGGCCAAGAUCCGCACGGUCAAGAUGACCUUCAUCGUCGUGCUGGCCUUCAUCGUGUGCUGGACACCCUUCUUCUUUGUGCAGAUGUGGAGCGUGUGGGAUGCAGAUGCGCCUAAGGAAGCCUCAGCCUUCAUCAUCGCCAUGCUCCUGGCCAGCCUCAAUAGCUGCUGCAACCCCUGGAUCUACAUGCUCUUCACUGGCCACCUCUUCCAUGAACUCAUGCAGCGCUUCCUCUGCUGCUCCUCCAGCUCCUUGAGGAGCAGCCGGCCGGGGGAGACUAGCAUCAGCAAAAAGAGCAACUCAUCCACCUUUGUCUUGAGCCAGCGCAGCUCCAGCCAGAGGAGCUGCUCCCAGCCGUCCACAGCGUGACCCCUGGCCAGGUUGGGCUGCUCCUGAGCUUGGAGUGUGCUGCCACGGACAGUCUGACUUGUGGCCCUUGACAUGUGUGUAAGGUACCCAUCAGUUAUUUCCUUCUGCUCCUUGGGGGUGGCUUGAGUUUGAUGGGGAAUUCUGACGGGGUGGGGGAGGUGAUGGGGUGACAGCCAUCAGACAAACCCCUGAGUGUCCCCAGGGCUCCCACAUCCUGCUACCCUGACCCUACUGCUGUCUGGGCAGUGGCUGGGUUCUUUCUCCCCCAGGCCUGUACUUCCACUCAGUGUCUUUUUACUUUUGUAUUCUGGAAUCCUGUGAGAAGGAAGUAUAGGAUGGUGACUGACUGAGUCAGGGAGCCAGGGCUCUGGGCAAGGGGUAAGGAGUGGAAAUGGGGCCUAAGGUGGGAGGCUGGUACCGAUUUUCUCCUCACUGCAGUGUGCUUUGCCUGCAGUGUCCCUGGGGACCAGCUUGUCAGAAGGUGGCCCUAAAACAGGGAAUUGGCUGGCAAGACUAGCUGGCAUGGGGGGCCAAUGAGAACUUGGGCUGAAAACAUUUGAGACUCAAAUGUUUGAUAAACAUUUGAGGAAGAAAAAGAAAUAAAAAGACAUUAAAUUGGAAAGGAAGAUGUAAAACUAUCUGUAGAUGACAUUAUUUUAUAUGUAGAUGAUCACACACACACACACACACACACACACACACACACACACACACACACAGAAACCCCUACUGGAAUAAUAAGUGAGUUUAGCAAGGUUGUGGGAUAUAAGAUUAAUAUACAAAAAUCAAUAUAUUUCUUUAUACUAUUGAUGAACAAUAUGAAAAUGAAAUUAAGAAACAAUUCCAUUUAAAUAACACCAGAAAGAAUAGAAUCAGAAUAAAUUAACGAAAGAAUGCAGGACUUGUACCUGGAAAGCUGAACAGUAUUGUUAAAAGAAAUUAAGAUAAAUAAAUGGAAAGAUGUCCUGCAUUCAUAGGAUCAGAGACUUCAUAUUCUUAAAAUGGCAAUACUAACCAAAUUGUUGUAGAGAUUUGCUACAAUCUUGAUUAAAAUCUGAGCUAGCUUCUUUGCAGAAACUAGUAAGAUAAUCUUAAAAUUCAUAAGGAGAUGCAAGGAACCUAAAAUAACCAAAAAAAUCCUUUGGAAAGGGAAAGCAAAGUUGAUGGGGUCACACUUCAAAAGUUACUAUAAAGUUACAAUAGUCAAAGCAGCAUGGUACCGGCUUGUAGGUAGACGUUUAGAACAGUAGGAUAGAAUAAAGGGUGUAGGUAGCAACCUGGAGCACUGACAGUCAAUUCACUUUCAACAGGGUGCCAAGAUAAUUUACCAGGAAAGGAAUAGUCUUUAGCAAAUGUUGUUGGAUACACACAAGCAAAAGAAUGAAGUUGGAACUUUAUACCAUAUAUAUAAAUGCAUCAAAGACCUUCGUAUUGCAGCUAUAAGUAUAACAUUCUUACAGUGAAGUGGGGAUAAACCUGUGACUUGGAUUAGGCAGUGUUUUCUUAGAAAUGAUACCAAAGACACAAGCAACCAAAAAAUGCAUAGAUCAUAGGUAAGAUUUCAUCAAAACUUAAAAGUUCUAUGCUUUCAAACACUACCCAGAGAGUAAAAAGACAAAGAAUGCUUAUGAUGCAAUAAAUAAAUGGAAGAAAAGGAAGCCAGCUGGGGAUGUAGC